UGCGUGAAAAUAAGGACAUAAUGGUGCUUUUGACAGAUGUAAGCUCCCCCGUUUCCCCCCAGUGCCCCCCAGUGCCAAGGCGGGGUAGCGGGGCGGGGCGGGGGCAGCGGGGCGGGGCAUGAGUCAGUCUAGCUCGGUCAGUCACGCGGGGAGGACGUGCAAUCAGUGCUCGCGCGGCCCCGAGGAACCCCGCAUAAUGCCGCCCGUUCUCCUGUCGUGAUGGGGUGCAUAGAGAGCAAGAAGACCAUCGAGGCCAUAACGGAGGGCGACAUUAAGUUCGUGUGCAGCCUGGACGUGUUUAAUGCGGAAAAACAGGACUUCGAAGGGCGGGGAGGAGGAGGCGGGGGAGGGGGAGGGGGAGGCUCGGGCGAUGACGCAACCACGAGCACGACGAAGAAAUCAAAGUUAAAAAUCAAGUACGACCCUCGCGUGACGGCCAAGUACGAGCUCAAAGGGACCAUGGGGAAAGGAAGCUUCACCUCCGUCGUCUGGGUUGAAAAUAGACAGACCAAGAAGCCUUACGCCAUCAAGAUAUACGAUUCGAACGAGGGUCGUGAAGCCUUUGAAGCAGAACUGGCCGUACUCAGGCGCGUUAAAUGCCCGUAUAUCAUCAAACUCGUGGAGGUCUUUGAAAACACGGAUAAAAUGUACAUGGUGAUGGAGUUAGCCACGGGGGGGAGCCUAAUGGAGAGGAUACUAGAGAGACGAGCUUGUAGUGAGAGGGAGGCGGUCAGGGUGCUAAGGAUGAUUCUGGAGGGGGUCAAGUAUCUACACUCCCUUGGCAUCACACACCGGGACCUCAAGCCGGACAAUGUGCUCUUCUAUCACCCCGGGGCAGACUCCAGGCUCAUGAUUGUGGAUUUCGGGUUGGCGCAUGCGAGAGGGAGCGCUGACGAGACCACCAUGAACACAAUUUGCGGCACCCCUGAGUACAUAGCCCCCGAGAUGGUGCUGUGGAAGGCUUACACCAGCGCCGUGGACCUGUGGGCGGCGGGCGUGGUCACCUACAUCCUCCUCGCUGGUGACUUCCCCUUCCACAGCGAGAACAGAUCCAGGCUGUACAAGAACAUCCUCAAGGGGGCGUAUUCCAUGGAUGACGAGGUGUGGUCCAAGGUGAGUGAGCCCGGGCGGGACUUCGUGCGCCGCCUACUGGACGUCAACCCUGAGACGCGCUUGACGGCGGCGGCGGCGCUGGCACACCCCUGGAUCAAGGCUCACCGCGCCGCGCACUCACGCACGCACGCACAGCAGGAACCCAGCCCCGGUAGCGAGUCCUGGAGCGUCAAGUCGAGCAAAUCCAGCCACUCAGGGCGCUCCGGGGACUCCCUCAGGACGGGCGGGCGCAGGAAGGUGACUGCCCGGGAUCUGCACCACCUCCACCACCACCACCACCAGAGCCGCUACUAGAGUUGACAGUGCAGUGUUACCAGAACCACCACCAUCACCACCACCAUAGUAACAUUGAUAGUGAUGGAAAAAGAUAGUGAAACGCUGGUCUUGAAGGUGUAAAUUAAUGGUGAGGAUUGUUAUAUUGUGAAUGGUGAUGGAGAGAUAGUGAUGGUGGUGAUGAUAGUGAUAUUAGGGGUGGUGUUGAUGGGACAGCAGCGUUGGUGAUGAUGAGAAUAGUGAAGAUAAUGAUAUGGAUGGUGAUGAUGAAGGGACAGUAUUGGUGAUAGUGUGUGAUGGGUCAUUGUAAUCGUCGUAAUAGUGAAGAUGUACAUAGCGAAAGUGAUAGUGAAUAUGAUGUAUUUUUUCUAAGUAGUUUUUAUGUAUAGUGAAGUGUGUGUGUGUGUGUGUGUGUGUGUGUGUGUGUGUGUGUGUGUGUUCUACUGUCAGGUAUAUUUUAUUGCUCAUGUGUGUGCGUGUAUAUGUAUGUAUGUAGAUAUGUGUACUAUAUUUAUGUAAGUGUGUAUGUGUGUGUGUGCAUGUAUGUAUGUAUGUAUAGCUGUGAAUAUGUGUGUAUGUAGAUUUGCAUGUAGUUGUGUGUGUGUAUGUGUGCGUGUGUGUGUGUGUGUGUGUGUGUGUGUGUGUGUGUCCUGUCCGUUCAAAUUCUGUAAACGCACAAAAAGUUAUAAAUUCCUUGAGUUUUACAAUUUACGAGAGAGAGAGAGAGAGAGAGAGAGAGAGAGAGAGAGAGAGAGAGAGAGAGAGAGAGAGAGAGAUUAACUGACAUACAAAUUAUAAAUGGAAUCGAAAUUUGUAUGUUUUUAAGAAAAUGACUUACUUUUUUUUUUACCAUUUUUAUUUUUUUUUUUUUUUUAUUUUUUUUUUUUUUUUCAUUCCUUUUUUUUGUGUGUGUUGUAUUUUUAUCGUUUUUAUUUUUGUUUCCGUCUUCUUCUGUUCCUUUAUUUAUCCUCUUCCUUUGUUUAUUCUGUUUAUUUAUGUUUUCCUUAUCUCUAUUUUCUUCAUUCAUGUUUCUCUCUUCUCUUCUCCUUUGUUCUCUUUCCUUCUCUUCAUUAUUUAUUCCUUUCUUUAUUUACAUUUUAUUAUUUUUUUUUUUCAUUGACAAUUCCAAAGCACUUACAGAUAGUUAGGAAAGUUGUUUGCAUCUUAAUUAUUGUUUUUUGUUUGUUUUUUUGAGAUAAUUAGGCAAGGAGAAUUUACUAGGUCAUCUCAGACUUACAAAACAAUCAAAAUUAUCAUAGUUACAAAUGAGAGAUAUUUAUUUAUGUAGACCUACGAAGAAUGGAUCUAUUUUCUUAUUUGUUUAUUUAUUUUUUAUCUCAUUAUAUAUAUAUAUCUACGUCAUCCCGUACAAUACUCGUGCAAUUAUUCAACCAACAACGAUUCUGUGCUUAUACAAAAUUUCUAUAUAUCAGUCUUUGUAAAUUCCGGCUGAGAGAUUCUACAGGGUGGUCCAAAAUUCCUGCACCAUAGGGAUUACAAAUUGAUUAGAAGUCAUAUUCCCCAAUGAUGCAGCACUUUUGGGCCUCCCUGUAUUGUUGAUUAUAUUAGGGGAAUGUUUGGACUGAAUUAUUUUAUGCAUCAACAAGUUUACAUAUAUUAGUCUUGUUUUGUGAAUUCAGACUCUAUUCUUCUUUUAUUUUCUAUUGUGUUCUAUUCUAAGCUCUAUCAUUGUUUACUAGUGCAGUAUAUGGACUGACAGUUAGUUUAUGCAUCAACAAAUUUACAUAUAUUAGUCUCGUUUUGUGAAUUCAGACUCUAUUCUUUAUUUAUUUUCAAUCGUUUUCUAUUCUAUUCUUUUCUAGUUCUAUUCUAAAAACUAUUAUUUUUUACUAGUGCAAUGUUUGGACAAUUAUUUUAUUCUUCAACAAAUUUACAUAUAUUCGUCUCGUUUUGUGAAUUCAGACUUUUCUUCAUUUAUUUUCUAUUGUGUUCUAUUCUAACCUCUAUUAUUGUUUACUAGUGCAAUGUUUGGACAGUUAUUUUAUGCAUCAACAAAUUUACAUAUAUUAGUCUUGUUUUGUGAAUUCAGACUAUUGUUCUUUUAUUUUCUAUUGUGUUCUAUUCUAAACUCUUUUAUUGUUUACUUGAGCAAUGUUUGGACAGCUAUUUUAUGCAUCAACAAAUUUACAUAUAUUAGUCUUGUUUUGUAAAUUCAGACUGCCUAUUCUUCAUUUAUUUUCUAUUCUAUUCUAUUAUAUUAUAUUCUUUUCUAGUUCCAUUCUAACCUCUAUUAUUGUUUACUAGUGCAAUGUUUGGACAGUUAUUUUAUGCAUCAACAAAUUUACAUAUAUUAGUCUUGUUUUGUGAAUUCAGACUCUAUUCUUCAUUUAUUUUAUAUUCUAUGCUAUUCUAUUCUUUUCUAGUUCUAUUCUAAACUCUAUUCUUCUUUACUAGUGCAAAAUUUGGACAAUUAUUUUAUUCUUCAACAAAUUUACAUAUAUUCGUCUCGUUUUGUGAAUUCAGACUCUAUUCUUCAUUUAUUUUCUAUCGUUUUCUAUUCUAAACUCUAUUAUUGUUUACUAGUGCAAUGUUUUGACUGACCUCGGUUUUAAGUUUGGAGAAAAUUGACUUCCUUCAUUUUUAUUUAGAUCCAAAUGUAAAGAAAAUAUGUUAGACUAGUGCAAUAUUUUGACGAACAAAGACUCUAUAGCAAAAUUAUUAUAUCUUCAAUCUUUGUGUAAAUCCAGAAAGAGGAACCUAUUAUCAUUUCCAAGUGCAAUAUUAGGACUAACAUUGACUUUUUUAUGUUAAUGUUUUAGCUAAAUUCAUCACUAAGUCUUUCUGUAAAUCUAUUGUGAAAGAAAUAUCUAUCAUUGGUUACCGGUGCAAUAUUAGGACUAACAUUGACUUGACGUUUUAGCUAAAUUCAUCACUAAGUCUUUCUGUAAAUCCCGUCUGAAAGAAAUAUCUAUCAUUGGUUACCGGUACAAUAUUAGGACUAAACUAUUCUAUGAUUUAAACGACUUUCUCUCAGUCUUUGUGUAAAUCCAAAUAGAAGGCAAAACAUACUAUUAUUAAAUUAUGCAAUGGUUGGCCUUAGAUCGAUUUUCCGUUUGAGCAAAAUCUAAAUCUCCCAGUCUUUGUUAAAAUCCAUAUUGAAAGAAAAAACUCAUUAUUUCCUAGUGCAAUAUAUUAGAACCAGUUGCCAUUUUUAUGUUUGAACAAAUUAUAUCUUUCUCAAUCUUCAUGUAAAUCCAGUUUGAAAGAAAAAUAACUAUUGUUGAUAACUUGUGCAAUAUUUGAACUUACAAUUAUUCUAUGGUUGAACAAAUUCCAUGUCUCAAUCUUCAUGUAAAUCCAGAUAGAGAAAGAAAAAUAACUAUUGUUGAUAACUUGUGCAAUAUUUGAACUGACAAUUAUUCUAUGGUUGACCAAAAUUGAGACUUAAGGAAAAAAACUCAUUCUUUACUAGUGCAAUAUUAAAACCAGUCAUCAAUUUCAUGUUUGAAGAAUUUGAUCUCUCUCAGUCUUUGUGUAAAUCCAGAUAGAAUGAAAAAUAACUAUUGUCGAUGACUUGUGCAAUAUUUGAACUGACAAUUAUUCUAUGGUUGAACAAAUUCCAUGUCUCAAUCUUCAUGUAAAUCCAGUUUGAAAGAAAAAUAACUAUUGUUGAUAACUUGUGCAAUAUUUGAACUUACAAUUAUUCUAUGGUUGAACAAAUUCCAUGUCUCAAUCUUCAUGUAAAUCCAGUUUGAAAGAAAAAUAACUUGUUGAUGACUUGUGCAAUAUUUGAACCGACAAUUAUUUUAUGUUUGACCAAAAUCCCUCUCUCAGUCUUUGUGUUAAUUGAGACUUAAAGAAAAUAAACUCAUUAUUUACUAGUGCAAUAUUAGAAUCAGUUAUCAAUUUUAUGUUUGAAGAAUUUUAUCUCUCUCAGUCUUUGUGAAAAUUUAUAUUGAAAGAACAAACUGUCAUUCUUUACUAGUGCAAUAUUAGAACCAUUUAUCAAUUUUAAGUUUGAACAAAUUAUAUCUUUCUCAGUCUUUGUGUAAAUCCAUAUUGAAAAGAAAACCUUAUUAUUUACUUGAGCAAUAUUAAAAUCAGCUAUCAAUUUUAUGUUUGAAGAAUUUUAUCUCUCUCAGUCUUUGUGAAAAUUUAUAUUGAAAGAACAAACUGUCAUUCUUUACUAGUGCAAUAUUAGAAACAGUUAUCAGUUCAUGUUUGAAGAAUUAUAUCUCUCUCAGUCUUUGUGCAAAUUUAUAUUGAAAGAACAAACUGUCAUUCUUUACUAGUGCAAUAUUAUAACCAGCUAUCAAUUUUAUGUUUGAAGAAUUUAAUCUCUCAGUCUUUGUGAAAAUUUAUAUUGAAAGAACAAACUGUCAUUCUUUACUAGUGCAAUAUUAGAACCAUUUAUCAAUUUUAAGUUUGAACAAAUUAUAUCUUUCUCAGUCUUUGUGUAAAUCCAUAUUGAAAAGAAAAACUUAUUAUUUACUUGAGCAAUAUUAAAAUCAGUUCUCAAUUUUAUGUUUGAAGAAUUUUAUCUCUCUCAGUCUUUGUGUAAAUUCAUAUUGAAAAGAAAAACUCAUUAUUUACUAGUGCAAUAUUAAAAUCAGUUAUCAAUUUUAUGUUUGAAGAAUUUUAUCUGUCUUUGUGAAAAUUUAUAUUGAAAGAACAAACUGUCAUUCUUUACUAGUGCAAUAUUAGAACCAUUUAUCAAUUUUAAGUUUGAACAAAUUAUAUCUUGAAAAAAAAAUAACUAUCAUUCUUUACUAACGCAAUAUUUGGACUAACAUCGAAUUUAUAGUUCAUCAAAUUUCAUAUAUAAUUCCAGAUUCAGAGACAAAUCUAUCAUUGUUAACUAGUUCAGAAAAGUUUAUAUUCUUCCUCUGUAUUCCCUUAUACCAAACUAUAAUGAAGAGAUGGAUAUUGACAGACAGACACAAUUGGAAGGCUAAAUAAUUCUGUAUCUUUGUUAUUAUUAUUUUGCUUAUAUUAUGGACAGGAAAUUUGUAUGUUUUUUUUUUUUUUUUUUUUUUUGUGUGUGUGUGUGUGUUAGAGAGAGAGAGAGAGAGAGAGAGAGAGAGAGAGAGAGAGAGAGAGAGAGAGAGAGAGAGAGAGAGAGAGAGAGAGAGAGAGAGAGAGAGAUGAGUAAAAAAAAUGUCUUAUUGUAUUCUAUUUCGUAUGUUUUCCUGUAAAUAAUGUGUGUGUGUGUGUGUGUGUGUGUGUGUGUGUGUGUGUGUGUGUGUGUGUGUGUUACGCUGUUAAAAGAGAUUAUAUUUAUUAUGGAGAGAAUUUUAUAUCCCUGGAAAUACUUUAUAAUUCUUAAGUUUACUCGUUAAAUAAAUACCCAAUACAAGGUUUCCACCCCCACACACAGUAUUCACAACUAACAACAACAACACUCAUUUCUAUUUUAUUUAUCUUGUAAUGAAAAUAAAAAAUGCCGAAUGUA